AUUUAAUCGAAUCAAAGUUAAUAGCCAAUAGGGUAUAAUAUUAUCUUCUAAUAUUUGUAGUCACCAUUAUAGAGAUCUCGGACAAUACUUCGGUACAUUUCGGAAAAUUUCGAGCCCAGAGUGAAAUAUUGGACAACAUUUUCAGACUUACAUUUAGCAGCUGAAGGAUAUUCUUCUGAGCAUUUUGAAUCUGGUUACCAAGAACCAAUAUUUGGUGGAUUUUCCAUUUAUCAAAUAUUACAUCAUUUUAUUACUACUCAUGCAAUAACAUAUAAAUUAUACCUACGUUGAACAAUUCAAAUAAAAACAAAAAGAAUAUUUUUCAACGUUCGUCUAUUCAAGUGCUCUGAGAUCUAUACAAUUGUAGUUUUUAAUUUAAAUCAAAUUCAAAUUUAUUUAACAGAUUUUUCAUCUCAUCUGCUUAAAAUGGCAAAUGCAAAAUCAAAAUCUGAUAGUUUUGUAUCGACGAAGCAAUUCCCUGAUAAUUUUCUCCUUGGGACAGCAACUGGAGCUUUCCAAGUAGAAGGAGCUUGGAAUGAAGAUAAGGCAGAAUCAAUCUGGGACCAUUAUUUCCAUUCCAAUGAAGCAAACAAGUCGUUUAGAUACUUCUUAGACUUACCAGAGUCAGUAAUUGAAAAACACAUACAGAAAGGUGUCAAACCUAGAUUAGCUGAUAUAUAUAAAGGCAUGGGAGUGUUUGAAUUUCCAUCGUCUGCAAUUAACGAUGGCACUCAUUUUAAUUUCAAUGGAGAUGUUGCUGCAGAUUCGUACCAUAAAACAGAUAUAGAUGUCAAACUUCUUAAGGAAUUGGGUGUUCAAGUUUACCGAUUUUCUAUAGCUCCGACUAGAAUUAUUCCAAUGGUUCAUGAUCAUUUAGCUGGAAAAGCAGGAAUAGCUUAUUAUAAUAAUCUAAUUAACAAAUUAAUCGAAAAUGGAAUCACGCCAAUGGUAUCGAUGUACCACUAUGAUAUGGGGGAAGCUUUCAAUAAACUUGGAGGACUAGCAAAUUCGGCUAGUUAUAUAUUUUAUGAAAAUUAUACAAGAAUCUGCUUCGAGAAUUUUGGAGACAGAGUAAAAUAUUGGACAUCAACUGCAGACAUACAUCUAGCGGCUGAAGGAUAUGGUUCUGAACAUUUUGCUCCUGGUUACCAAGAACCAAUAUUUAGUGGAUAUUCAGAUUAUAAAUCAUUGCAUAAUUGUUUUAUAACUCAUGCAAUGGUUUAUAAAAUAUACAAUGAAGAAUUCAGAGAAAAACAAAAAGGACAAGUAAGUUUAGCUAUGGAUGGAGUAUGGUUCUACCCAAAAGAUCCAAAUAAUCCUGAACAUCAAAAAUCUGCAGAAAUAGCACGAAUGUCAACAUUUGGUUUAAUAGCACAUGUAUUAGCCACGGGAAAAUACCCAGAUGAAUUUUUAGAGUCUAUUCAUAGGACGAAUAAGAAAGAAAAUAUACGAGUAGAUCGAGUUCAACAAUUUACAAAAGAAGAACAAGAAUUAAUUAAAGGGUCAUUCGAUUUUAUUGUAUUCAACUAUUAUAAUAGUGUAAAAGUACGACCAAUGACGGAUGAAGAAUUGGCCGCUGAACCUAAUCUUAAAAGAAAAGAUCGAGGAUAUUUCAUGGACUUACAUAAUACUACACAAGCUGAAGUUUUUGAAGGAUUUUUAAAUUGUUUAAAAUGGAUUAAAGAGAAAAUGAAUAAUCCAAAAAUAUUUAUUGGAGAAAACGGAUUUCCUGAGGAAGAUGGCAUUGAUGAAAGUGAAAAAAAAAUAGCUUAUCACACAGGCAUAUUAAAUAAAUUAUUUGAAGCAUUGGAUGAAAAAAUAAAUGUGUUUGGAUACUGUGUUUGGUCAUUUUUAGAUACACUUGAAUUCACUUUCGGUUAUUGGAAGAGAUUUGGAAUUUAUGCUGUUGACUUUAAUGACGAAUCAAGACCGCGUUCAAAGAAAAAUAGUUUCCCAUUUUUUCAACAAUUGUUCCAAACGAAGAAAUUACAAUUAAAAAAUUAGAAUGAAAUAAGAAAAUAAUAUUAAAAUAAAAUAUUUGCAUAGUAAUUAUAUAUCUAAUAGUUUAAAACAAAAAUAUUACCACCUUAUAUUUAUCUUUAUAGAAAUUAGUAAUUAUAUUUAUGUAAUAUUAUAAUAAGUUUUUUUUUAUUAAAUAGCCAAUUAUUAUAUUAUUUUAAUAUUAUACAACAAUUGUUAUUAAAAUCGAAUUAGAUUAAAUUUUUGUUUGCUUAUAGACCAAUAGUGGUACACAGAAUAUUGUCAAUGUACUUACGCAUAUAAAUUUAUAUGUAAGAACCUAAACAAUAUAUAAAUUUGUUUAAUGUUCUAUACCUUUAUAGUUUAUGCAAUUUAUUUUAAUUUAUGUUUUUAAUAUUCGCCGAUGUUGAAUGACAUAAAUACAUAAAUAUAAACAUUUCAAAAACUUCCAUGACAUGUUAGGUGUUCUAAUUUAUCAUCAUAGACUAUAGAUAGAACUUUCUAUAGAUACAUACAAUUUUAUAGAUCAACAAUUAUUUUAAAAAUGACUAACUAGUCGCUCUAGCGUAUGGUAUAAGUAGUAUUUACUUGACAUUAGAUAUUUACUAUAUUGUUUCAUUAUAUCAGAAUUAAAUGAUAAAUCAUGGCAUAAUAUUGAGUAGAAACGAUAUUUUAACCAUUAUAUGAUUUUCUUGAGUGCCAUAAAAUGGUAUUAUUACAUACGUCUAAAUGCUUAUCACCUAAAAAUAUUUUGGCUUAUUACACUAAGAAUGUACAAAUUUUUGAAUUUAUAUAGUAAAAAUCAAAAAAAUAUUUAUUAUAUUAUGUAAGAAUAUUUUAAAAUGUAUUUAUAUAAUAUAUCUAUAAGUCCAUAUUAUCCAUUACAUUAUCACACGUCUUAUAAUGCAGUUUAUUGAAAUAGGUUAGGUUAAUUUAGGCAGAUUUCUUAUUCUGAAAUAUAGAUUUUCUAUUUUCACUCUAAAUAUUUUAUGUAUAUCAUAGAAAAUAAUAUAAUAUGUAAUAUUAUAAGCCCAAAGUUCAGAAAGUAUAGGUUCAUAUUUGACACGGUCUAUCAGACUUUUCGCUGAUUAUUCUGAUCGUGCGCAAACCAACUUGUCGUUUAGUAUUUAUUUAGAAAUUGAUAAAAAUUUAAUUAUUAAACUUUAUCUCUACAUCAUGCUAAAUCUAAAUGGAUAUGAAAAACUAACCAAUAUAUUUUUUUAACUUAAAUUGUUGCUUUCUUUACUGGGACAUUUUUAUGUUUUCCAAUCGUUUUUUUCAAAUGUAUUGUUUCCCUAAGAAAAGUUUAUCUUGUUUCACAUUUUUUUUUUUAAUUAAUAUUAAAAAUGGUCUUCAAAUAGAUAAUAACAUCAAAAAAAUGGUUUUUAAAUGUAUUUUUAAUGAAAUCAUAAAAGAAUUUUUACGUUUAUAAUUUUUUCUUUUCUUUAGCAACAUUGACUCUAGAUUUACUUAAUUUUACAUUGCUAUCCAAUACUUUUAUGUUUUCGAAAAAUUUCUCAGCUUAAGUUACCAUUGAUGUAUAAGUAUAAAUAAAGUUAUUUUCUGCUAUUUUUAUAUCACAUACAAAAAUUAAAUUCGUUAAAAAAAAAAACAUAUUAUCUACUUACUGUAAAACCACAUUUUCAUGUUAUUUACAUUAUUCAUGUUUAGUUUU